AUGUCUAUAUUUAAAUCGAAACCAUUUUGGUCUAACGAGAAAUUACAAAGCGAAAUAUACGAUGAAGGUAUUCAAAAUAGCUAUUGCGUCAAAGUCGAUAAAUUUAACUCGCACAAUGAUAGCGACUGCAUAAUUGCCUGUGAAGGACGACAAUUGAAGAUCUAUAAACCCAGCAAAGAGUCCGAAUCUGAUAUUAUUUUAGAAUCUGACCAAAAAGAUGUUAUCCUACAGAUUGAAACUGGAAAAUUUAUUAUGGAUUCCAGUGAUAGACAAAUUUUCAUUUUGCAUCCUCAAAGUUAUGCAACAUAUUUUCUCGAGAAGAAGGAUGGACAUAUUGAUGCAGGUGUUCAAAAUUACCUAAGACCCGUAUUAAAGCACUCAUUUACAAGAAAAGCGUCUAGUGUUAUUGUCGGGCCCUUUGGCGUAACAAAAAGCAGAGACCUCAUUUGUAUUCAAGCGUUAGAUGGCGCUUUGAGUUUUUUCGACCAAGACACAUUUCUCUUUAUGUGUUUGUUCGAUGAUAUUAUAAUACCGACACCUAUCGGCUAUGUGCCUAGUAGUGAUGUAUUUAUUAUUUGCAAAUCUACGUGGAUUAUGGAAAUAUACAGUUACCAGCAAUUACGCGAGUUGAGUGAACUAACUGGCCGACAGAAUAAGAAAAACAUUCCGCAAUGGACAUAUAGUCCUGGCGAAGAAAUUUCAGCUCUGCAAGUUAUACGGACAAGCAGUAACUUUUCCAGCAUAAUCGCUUUGGGAGAGCGAUAUCUCUAUUGUUUCCAGGAUAAUGGAUUGAUGAAAUUUAUGAUUCGAUGUGAUUUUAUGCCCGUCUGCUUUUACGCCUACCUUAUUGGUUGGUACUACGAACCAAAUUCAAGAUUAAUUAUAAUGGUUGUAUCCGACGAUGCAAAGCUCUUCAUCUAUGAAGACACAGCGUUGUUAUGGUCGUGUGAUUUACUAAAUAAUACAAUGGCGAUAUCUCGCUGUUUUCUCAAAAACUUAGCUGGAGGAAUUGUAACACUGUCCACAAAUGGAAUUAUAAGUGUGAGCUAUUUGGGAACGGAGCCUGAUCUGAAUUCGACUAUAGUACCAAUGACGGCUGCUGCUGAACCAGAAGAUAUCCUAACGGAGAUAGAGGCUGUUGAGGAAGCACUUGAGAAAAUUAUGGGGAAUGAAGAAUCCAUCCCUACGCCCGAGCUUAUCAAAAUAAAGAUUGAAAUGGGAAAACCAGUUGAGAGCUUCAUCAACGACGUUUUAACACCCAACUGUUCAUUAAUAAUCAUCCUCACAUGUGAACCUAAACAAAUCCAGAAUAUACAAAUAACCUACUUCUGCAAACAGCCAUUUUCAUUUAGCGAUUCGUGUGUAUGCCUAGACGAUAUUAAUGGAACAGAGAUUGUCGAAACGCAAAUUUUUCUCAACGGUUUUUGCGUUUCAAAUAAUAAAGUUAAAAUUAUUUUUACAAUAACAGAUUGUUCUGGAAAGAUCCAUGUGUUGGUUAAAGAUGUUUUGGUACCGUUAUCAUUGUAUACUCGUGUAGUUGAUACUGUUGAAAAUAAUGCAUUUAUUUUGUAUUUACAAACUAAUCUUGGCUGUAUUAGUUUAGAUAAUGUAUUUGAAGACACAAUUAAUCCAAAUAGCAUUACGUUUUCUUCCAAAAAUAAAACAGUGACAAUUAGAACUAUGGACGAUCAAUACGCGGUUGAAGGAAACGAUUGUACGGAGAUAUAUCCGAUUUUAAAUUACUUCCUUGAUAAAUUACAAGAACAUUACAGGAAAAUGGGAAUAAAUAAUUUGGAAGUAAUGCUUAAAAUUGAUCCCGAGCUGUACAAACAUAUGAUUCAUCGAUUUUUAAAGUCCAUCGAAAUGCACGCCAAGGAACGAAUUGUUUUGAAGAAAUUUGAGGCUGAACUUAAUGUUUUACAAUCACAGUUCACUCUCAUUCAAAAGAAGCUGUUGGUGCAGUAUGGGUCCUUGCCACCGGGUGACUGUGAAGCCCUAGAAUUUCUAAUGCGAGACACAUAUUCAAUGAUUGUUAGAACUGCUGAAGAUGUCUUAGCAUGUAAAUAUAAAGUAAUUAGUAUAUCGUGCGAGGUGAGUGCAAUUGGACAUCUUGUGCUUUGCGUACUCAAAAAUUCUGGUAUUGAAGAAGGAAAAAUUCAAAUACUCGAAGAAACACUAUCAUUGGACACAUUCUGUGAUGAUAUUCAGGACUGGGAGGAGUCAGUUACUCAAGCGUCCUCCUACGUUCUCAACACAAUACUCAAGAAGAGCAAAGAUAAAGAAAAAAUAUCUCCCGUAACCGACCAAGAUGUUCUAUCACAAGUCAAUAUUAAAAGAUUCCUCAAGCAAACUAAAUUUAUACUCGAAAAUUUGACCGAAAAAUCAGAAAAUAUAACACGUAUAGAAGAAUUCGUUGAAGUGAUUUAA